AUUGAACUGAAUAAAUCUCUGCAAUAUCAGAAUCAUAAGCUUGAGAUCCUAGCUAUGAGAUUUGCCGUCUCAGCUUUCUUCCUCCUUGUGUUGCUUUCUUAUGCAGCUGCAUAUGAUCCAUUGGAUCCAAAUGGAAACAUUACGAUUAAGUGGGAUAUCAUGUCUUGGACCGCAGAUGGCUAUGUUGCUGCUGUAACAAUGAACAACUUCCAAAUGUACCGCCACAUAAUGAGUCCAGGCUGGACCUUGUCGUGGUCAUGGGCUAAGAAGGAGGUGAUAUGGUCCAUGGUGGGGGCUCAGACCACUGAACAAGGAGACUGCUCCAAGUUCAAAGGAAACGUACCUCAUUGCUGCAAGAAAACUCCCACAGUUGUGGAUCUGCUCCCUGGUGUUCCUUACAACCAGCAAUUCACAAACUGUUGCAAAGGUGGGGUGGUGGCAGCAUGGGGCCAGGAUCCAUCAUCUGCUGUCUCAGCCUUCCAAGUGAGCGUGGGGCUGGCGGGUACUUCUAACAAGACAGUGAAACUCCCCAAGAACUUCACUUUGUUGGGUCCAGGACCAGGGUACACAUGUGGCCCGGCAAAGAUUGUGCCUCCCACCACUUUUCUCACCCCAGACCUCCGCCGGAAGACUCAGGCACUGAUGACAUGGAACGUGACUUGCACUUAUUCGCAGUUUCUUGCCAGGAAAAACCCGAAUUGUUGUGUUUCUUUCUCAUCCUUCUACAAUGAGACAAUCACUCCUUGCCCCUCUUGUGCUUGUGGUUGCCAGAAAAACAACAAGUGUGUCAAGAGCAACUCCAAAAUUCUUCAGAUGAAGGGAAUAAACACUCCGAAGAAAGACAAUACUCCGUUGCUGCAGUGCACACACCACAUGUGCCCGGUCCGAGUGCACUGGCAUGUGAAGCUCAACUACAAGGACUAUUGGCGUGUGAAGAUUGCCGUUACAAACUUCAACUACCGGAUGAACUACACCCUUUGGAGUCUUGUUGUACAGCAUCCAAAUCUCAACAAUGUCACACAAGUUUUCAGCUUUGAUUACAAGCCUCUGGUUCCCUAUGAGUCCAUAAAUGACACCGGCAUGUUCUACGGCAUGAAAUACUAUAAUGACUUGCUUAUGGAAGCUGGGCCGACUGGUAAUGUCCAGUCGGAGGUGCUUCUUCAGAAAGACAAGAACACUUUCACCUUCAAGCAGGGGUGGGCAUUUCCUCACAAGGUUUACUUCAAUGGCGAUGAGUGCAUGCUGCCCCCACCUGACACUUAUCCAUUUCUGCCAAAUGCUGCCCAUAGAAACCUGCUUGCUUUAUCAACAUUGAUUUCUUCAUUGCUUUUCCUGUUGAUGUCUAUCUGGUGAUGGAUGCCUAGACUUUGGAAAUGCUCAGUAUUGAAAAUUUUGAAGCUAAGUUUACUUUAACACAGCCGAAACAGAGCACAGGUAUAAAAGUUCCAACAUUUUUUAAACAACCAUGGAAAUGUAUGCUACAAUAUACGAGCUUGUGAAUAGAAAAUUAUAUUUGAGUCUCAACAAUGGGAUCUAUUUGUAUUUUGAUUGCUGAUACUGCAAUGUGAUACUAAAUCUUCACCUA